CUGAUCUGCAGUAGCAGUAGCGCAUUCAUAGAGUAGAGAACUCCAGGCUAUUGGAGUCAAACGCACCAAAGGGACUAAUGGUUGUAAAUGGUCCAUGCAUACCAGUUUUCACAGUUUAAAGCUGAGACUGCUUCGAUUUUGGGUCCGUCAUUUGACUUGCAAUUUUCUUUUGGCUGUCAGUUCGAAAAAAUAUUCCACGAUCUACAAUGCCGCCCACCAUGUUUUUAUUGCGACGAUCUGCAUUGCAGGCUUUGCAUUCCGCAAGGAAUGUUCACCCCAUACAAAUGGCCAAGCCUUCUUUAUUAUCACUCAGACCGGCUCCCAGUAUGAUGCUUCCUUCUGUAACACGACGCUGGUUGACUAGUGACGUGAAAGAAACUGCCGCCUCACCCAUAAAGCAAGAGGUCGACGAGGAAACACUAGACCCCGAAGCUUUGGCAGCCAUUGAAGCUGAUUUAAAAAACAUGGAAGUCAAUGACGAGGAAGUUGAUCCAGAUUGGUUUGUGGACAAGGUUUACGAGCAAGAUCAUCCAGAAUACCAACAGAGUGAUUUUGUACCUCUCUGGCAGCGUCGAGCUGCAGGUGAUUCAAGCCUUUCUUCAGCUGCAGAGGAGAUGAUCAAAGGAAAGAAAGUCAAUCUCCCGUCAGUACUUGCGUUGUUGGAGGAAAGCAAGGCCGAAAACAUUGGCGUCAUUGACAUGCGCUCAAAGUGCGACUGGACAGACUUUAUGAUUGUAGCCGAAAGCUCUCGCGGGGAACGAUUCCUCAGCAGCAUUGCCGAUGAGGUCGUCAGUGUGUUGGGUAAGGCCCAGAAGGCAGACCCAACCAUGAACGCACUGCCCAAACCAAGCGUUGAAGGAAAGAAUGAAGGCUCUGACUGGCUCCUUGUUGAUGCUGGGCCAUUUAUCAUUCAUCUAUUUACCCCUCAGGCUCGCGAACAAUAUGACCUUGAAGGAUUGUGGUCUAAUGUCCCGGACGAUCCUCUGCUGCGAGUUGAAAACAGCGGCAUGAAUGCCGACCAGCUCAAGGAAAAAGUCGAAAACAGCUUUGGUAAAACUAUUACAAACUAAUUAGCGAUUGGGCAUGUAGAAAUCUCCCCUCCCCACUCAUGUUACUUCAACACCAACCUUGGCAUUGUAAAUUAACGAAACCCUGCAGAUAGUAAAUAACAACAUCAUCAAACCAAACAGCACCACCAUCAUGGAUAGCAUGCAAUAAUAAAGUUUGCAAAAACAAAAUGAAAGUAUUUUUUGUAUUUAUUUUCAAUUAUUCUAUGUGGUGUGAUGUAGGUGAAAGUAUGAAUACAGGAGUA